UUGCAUCAGAUUGCGUUGACGAGCAUCUGGCACUCACAGACAACAGUCAGUCUGGACUAACAGUAACACUGUGGAGCUACUUAAUAACGUCUCUAUUCCUCAUUAUUUUGACUUGACAAGCAUUUAUCUUGUUUAUACAACAGCGGCAUCUUCAAAAUGGGUCUCUUCCACAAACGAAAAGAAAAUGGUCGGAUGCUCCCGGAGAGCGAUUCCGGAGCAGCUCUUGUCCAGAUGGCGAUAAGUAUGCCGAUCGAUCGAAAAGUGACGCCAAGAUGUCAACGAAUCAAAAAACUGAUCAAGAAGGAGUUGCUGCUGAUUUUGACGGCGGUCGGGAUCGUCCUCGGUUUCACGAUUGGAUUUGUCGUCCGCGAGUUCAAGCCUUCAACUGACACGCUUGGAUGGCUUGGUCUUCCUGGAGAUAUGUUCCUCCGGUUGCUGAAGAUGAUGAUACUGCCCCUCAUUGUCUCCUGUGUGAUAGCAGGAACUGCCUCAAUGGACCCCAAGUCAAAUGGAAAGAUCAGUCUCCUUUCCUUCCUCUACAUCGUGAUGACCAACAUCAUCAGCUGUGCCCUCGGGGUCACACUGUGUCUACUUAUUAAACCAGGUUCUGGUGUUGUUACGAAUGAACUCUUAGACAAAAUGACGGAGAUUCUUCAAACACAGGACAUCUUCGCCGAUCUAAUCAGAAACAUUGUCCCAGAUAAUGUAUUCGGUGCUUGCAUUGAGAAGACCAUGACCAAAUAUGGCACAGAAGAAAAAACGUUGGUCUUUAAUACGUCCGAUGGUAUCGUGAAUAAGACGGUACAAGUGGUCACAAAAGCAGUUGGACAUGCCCGCGGAACGAAUCUCAUUGGAAUCAUCUUUGCUUGCCUGGUGUUUGGUAUGGCUACGCGGGCAGCCGGAGAGAAGGGCAAACCUUUCCUCCAUUUCUUCCAGUCCUGCAGCGAUAUUGUCAUUAAGAUCAUGCGAUGGUUCUUAUGGUAUACACCUAUCGGAGUCUGCUCCCUCAUCGCAUCAUCCAUCGCCGGCGUCUCUGACAUCGAGUCGACGUUUGCGCAGCUUGGCUUCUUCAUCCUGGUGGUCGUUGCUGGCAUCGUCAUCCAUCAGCUGAUCAUCGUCCAGGUCAUCUACAUCAUCGUGGUGCGGGAAAACCCUUUCCCUUACUACAUAUCAUUGUUCAGACCUUGGCUCACAGGUUUCGCCACUACAAGCACUGCCGUUGCUAUCCCUGAGAUGUACAAAUGCUGCGAUCGUAAGAAGAUCGAUUCCCGCGUGUCGAGAUUUGUCAUUCCAUUUAGCGUGACGUUGAAUGCUGAUGGAAGUGCCAUCUUUAUUGCAUCUGCUGCGAUAUUUAUUGCCCAGUUGAACAGUAUUGCAUUGGACCCAGGCCAAGUUGUUGUAAUAGGUGCAUUGACCUCAGUAGCGGUGAUGGCUCUUCCCUCUGUACCAAGUUCCAGCAUCGUGACGCUUGUCAUCAUCCUGUCUUCCAUUGGCCUUCCAACACGAGAUAUUGCACUUCUAUUUACCGUUGAAUGGUUCUUGGACAGAAUCCGCACGACAGGGAACGUUGUCAGUCAUUGCUACUGUGCCGCAUUUACCAACAAACUUUGCAGUUCUGGUCUCGAUCCCAUACAAGAUGGCGAAAAACCAUCCAAGAUGGAUGACGACGAUUACGGCAGCAGUUCAGACAUGGAUAUCAUCAUCGCCUCCGAUAGUACGCUCGGCGAUGAGGAAAUGAAGGAGAUGCGUAGCGAUGAGGGAUAUUUGAGUAUACCAAUCAUGACGCAGACUGGGUCGGGAACGACACUUUCAAGCAGCGUUUCAUCCCAGAUUUGAUCAUUUCGAACAAGGACAUUGAUGAGUUAAAGUUGAAAUGUCGAGAAAAUAUGACACGGUUCGUAUUUUUAUAUAUGGCUUAUUAAAAAAGGUCGCAUGAUAUGACUGUCAUUACCUCAUAUGGCCUAAAGGGACUAUGGACGGGCUUGAUGCCAGUUUGCAAUGAAAUAAGGAUUGUGCAUUUGACUAGAGCUGAUUUGAUUGCUAGAUCUGGCAGGCAGAUUCACUUAAUAGGUGAAUCGGCUCAGGUGCUUUAGUGAGGCCUGCAUAUACCAGAUUUCAAACCCUGUAAGAUAGCAUACUCCAGUCAAGUAUGUCCAAAGAACCAUAUAUCCUUGUCACACCUGUGCUUGCUCAGGUUAUCUUACCAAACCAUGUGCGUUGAGCUAAAAUGCAGGUCAAAACCAAGGCAUAGCUCAGGUUUUGCCAAAUUACCUUGCAGCCUGAGCGGUGUUUGACGUGACAUUCAAUACAGACAGUUAGGUGAGGUACCAACAUUUCUGGUAAAAGACAUCAAAAUAAAUCCUGAAGUGUGAUUUUGGCUGUGACCCUAUUUGUAUUGUUGUGACAUCAUAACGGGUGGGGCCAGAAUGAGGUACAGUGUAAUUGUACAGAUUAAAAUGCCUUGAAGGAAUAGGCAUGUCAGUGGAUUUGUUCUCCUGCUGUAGUUGUGAUAUGGAAUACCAAAAGACUGGUGCUAGGUUCUAUAAAUAUGUAAGAAUGGCUUAUUGGUAAGUGCUCUAGAUUCAUAUCUAUAAGGUCAAUUGCUGAAUUGGCAAAGAUUAGGCAGUUUUACUUUACUCUUCAGACCAAAAAUAGCUAUUCUGCCAGUGACCUUAUAAAAGUGAAGAUAGAGUAAUGUUCAUGCGGUGUGGGGCAGAGUAUGCUUUUAAUUACGUCUAUGUUUCAAUUUAUAGUCAAAUUUGGAUUGUCAUCAUGGGGUGAUUGAUAUUUUUGUUAAUAAGUCAACUAAGACACGCAAGGCAAUGCAAUGCACUUCAAAUAAUGGCUUGAAUUUUUUGAUAGGGUUGGUGGAAACAAAGUUGGCAAAUACAAUGUACAGUAGAACCUCUCUAUUAAGGUCACCCACGGGACUGACAACUGCUGUCCUUAAUAGAGAGGUCUCUUGAUUUAGAGAGGUGAAAUUGAAUGGAAACAACCCAUUUGGGAUCAAAACUAGUGUCCUUUAUGGAGAGGUUGUCCUUAAUAGAGAGGUGUCCGCUAAGGGAGGUUUUACUGUAAGUGUAAUUUGGAAGGUGGCAAAGUUUCAUAAUCUCACUCUUUGCUAUUAAAAGAGAAGCAUUUAAUCUCUAAUGUUCAUGUAUUAUUAACACAAAUAACUGUAAUCAAGAAAGGAAAAAUGAAUCUCUCUCAUUGUUCAUGUUCUUCCUUUGCCUCAAGCAUAUCGUGAAUGUACAUGUAUAGUCUUGUAAGAUAAUGUUGUGUUGUUUAUUUCAUUAAUAAAAAGCUGAUUAUUCUUUUAA